AAGCCUUUGUUCCGGGUUCCGCGUGUUUGUAGAGGUGCACGCCGCAGGACGUUUAGCAGCAACAUAAUACCGCAACAUAUUACCGCAACAUAAUACCGCAACAUAUUACAGCCCGGUAACGUUUGUUGUUGGCGGAGACAUGGUGAAACUAUCUGCGGAGCUAAUUGAGCAGGCUGCCCAAUAUACCAACCCCGUGAGAGACCGGGAGCUGGAUUUACGAGGUUAUAAAAUCCCAGUGCUUGAAAAUCUCGGGGCUACUCUGGACCAGUUUGACACUAUUGACUUCUCUGAUAAUGAAAUCAGGAAACUGGACGGCUUCCCUCUGCUCAAAAGACUGAAAACACUGCUAAUGAACAACAACAAGAUUUGUCGCAUAGGUGAGAAUCUGGAGCAUUCUCUGCCAUGUUUGACAGAACUGAUUCUCACAAGCAACAACAUUCAGGAACUGGGUGACUUGGACCCCCUGGCCACAGUGAAGACUCUGACCCUUCUCAGCUUGUUAAGGAAUCCAGUGACAAACAAGAAGCAUUACAGGCUCUACGUCAUCAACAAAAUCCCACAGAUCCGCGUGCUUGAUUUCCAGAAGGUGAAACUCAAGGAGCGGCAGGAGGCGGAGAAAAUGUUCAAGGGCAAACGAGGUGCUCAACUUGCAAAGGAUAUUGCCAGACGAACAAAAACAUUCACUCCCGGGGUGGCAGCACAGCUGGAGAAGAAGAGGACGGGGCCGUCUCAAGCUGAUGUGGAAGCCAUCAAGAACGCCAUCGCUAAUGCUUCAUCGUUGGCAGAGGUGGAGCGGUUGAAGGGGAUGCUGCAGGCCGGUCAGAUCCCAGGCCGAGAUCUCAGACAAGGUCCAGCUGGGAUGGUGGAGGAGGAGGAGGAGGAAGAGGAAGAAGAAGAAGAGGAGGAAGAAGGAGAGGAAGGGGGUGCACAGAUGGAGCCACAGAUAGAUGAAGGUGCUGGAGAGGAGAUCAAUGAGGGAGAUCAGGAGGAGGACGAUGAAAACAUGGAUGUGGAGCAACAUGUGAAUGGCUCCUGAGUGCCGGGAAAGCAUUUUUGGUUUUUUUCAUGUUGUAGAUUUCUUGUGUUGGUCCUAUGUUUACUAGGACUUUUUUAUUUUGUAAAACCACAUACAAUAAACUGAUUUAUUAUA